GGGCUGCUGGUGACCAAGCAGAAGAUCGACCGGGACCUGCUGUGCAGGCAGAGCCCCAAGUGCGUCAUCUCGCUGGAGGUGAUGUCCAGCUCCAUGGAGAUCUGCGUGAUCAAGCUGGAGAUCAAGGACCUCAAUGACAACGCGCCCAGCUUCCCCACUGACCAGAUCGAGCUGGAAAUCUCGGAGACGGCCAGCCCCGUGGAGAGUGCUUACGACCCAGACUCGGGCAGCUUUGGUGUGCAGAGCUAUGAGAUCACCCCCAACGACCUCUUUGGGCUGGAGACCAAGACACGGGGUGAUGGGUCCCGCUUUGCCGAGCUGGUGGUGGAGAAGAGCCUGGACCGCGAGACCCAGUCCCACUACAGCUACGUGAUCACGGCGCUGGAUGGUGGCGACCCACCCAACUUCGGCACGGUGGAGCUCAGCAUCCGCGUCAUUGACUCCAAUGACAACAACCCGCUCUUCGAGGAGCCGGCCUACACCGUCAGCGUGCCUGAAAACGCCCCGCCGGGUACACCGGUCAUCCGCCUCAACGCCUCCGACCCGGACGAGGGCACCAACGGCCAGGUCCUCUACUCUUUCCACAGCUACGUCUCCGACCGGGCCCGGGAGCUCUUCCAAAUCGACCCCCAGAGCGGCCUCAUCACAGUGAGCGGUGCCAUCGACUACGAGGAGGGUCACGUCUACGAGCUGGAUGUGCAGGCCAAGGACUUGGGGCCUAAUUCCAUCCCUGCCCAUUGCAAAGUGACCAUCAGCGUCCAGGAUGCCAACGACAACCCGCCGCUCAUCAACCUGCUCUCUGUCAACAGCGAGCUGGUGGAGGUGAGCGAGAACGCCCCGCCGGGGUACGUCAUCGCCCUGGUGCGGGUCUCAGACCGCGACUCUGGAGCCAACGGGCGGGUGCAGUGCAAGCUCCUGGGCAAUGUGCCUUUUCGGCUCCAGGAGUACGAGAGCUUCUCCACCAUCUUGGUGGACGGACGACUGGACCGGGAGCAGAGGGACCAGUACAACCUCACAAUCCAGGCCAAGGACAAUGGUGUCCCCUCCCUGCAGGCCACCAAGUCCUUCACUGUCAAGAUCACCGAUGAGAAUGACAACCAUCCUCAUUUCUCCAAGCCCUAUUACCAGGUCAUCGUGCAGGAGAACAACACCCCGGGGGCCUACCUCCUCUCAGUCUCGGCCAGGGACCCUGACCUGGGCCUCAAUGGCAGUGUCUCCUACCAGAUCGUGCCCUCCCAAGUCAGGGACAUGCCUGUCUUCACCUAUGUCUCCAUCAACCCCAACUCUGGAGAUAUCUAUGCUUUGAGGUCCUUCAAUCAUGAACAGACGAAGGCUUUUGAGUUCAAGGUCUUGGCAAAAGAUGGGGGUAAUCCAUCUCUGCAGAGCAAUGCCACCGUCAGGGUGAUCGUCCUGGACGUCAAUGACAACACCCCUGUGAUCACGGCCCCGCCGCUGGUCAACGGGACCGCGGAGGUGUACAUCCCCAGGAACGCGGGGGUCGGCUACUUGGUGACGGUGGUCAAGGCAGACGACUAUGACGAGGGUGAAAAUGGCAGACUUUCCUACGAAAUGGUGGAAGGAGACAGAGGAUUUUUUGAGAUAGACCAGGUCAAUGGAGAGAUAAGGACCACCAGAGCCUUUGGGGAGAACGCAAAGACAGCCUACGAGCUGAUCGUGGUGGCUCAUGACCAUGGAAAAACAUCUCUCUCGGCUUCCGCCUUGAUUUUAAUAUACUUGUCUCCAGCCCUGGAUGCCCAGGAGUCCAUAGGAUCUGUUAACCUCUCCCUGAUUUUCAUUAUUGCCCUGGGGUCUAUCGCAGCCAUUCUUUUUGUCACCAUGAUCUUCGUGGCAGUCAAGUGCAAAAGGGAUAACAAGGAAAUCAGGACCUACAACUGCAGAAUCGCAGAGUACUCCUACGGGCAUCAAAAGAAAUCAAGCAAGAAGAAGAAAAUCAGCAAGAAUGAUAUCCGCCUGGUACCACGGGAUGUGGAAGAGACGGAUAAAAUGAACGUUGUGAGCUGCUCCUCUCUCACUUCGUCCCUCAACUACUUCGACUACCACCAGCAGACCCUGCCGCUGGGCUGCCGCCGCUCCGAAAGCACCUUCCUCAACGUGGAGAGCCAGAACAACAGGAACGCCGGCUCCAACCACAUUUACCAUCACACCUUCACGGGGCAGAGCCCCCAGCAGCCUGACCUCAUCAUCAACGGGAUGCCGCUGCCAGAGACUGAAAACUACUCCUUUGAUUCCAACUACGUGAACAGCAGAGCUCAUUUAAUAAAAAGCUCCACGUUCAAGGACUUGGAGGGGAACAGUCUGAAGGACAGCGGUCAUGAGGAGAGCGACCAGACGGACAGCGAGCAUGAUGUGCAGCGGGGUCUCUACUGCGACACGGCCGUCAACGACGUGCUGAACACCAGUGUCCCCUCCAUGGGGUCCCAGGGCCCCGAGCAAGAUCAGAGCGAAGGAUUUCAUUGCAGGGAGGAGUGCCGCAUCCUGGGCCACUCGGACAGGUGCUGGAUGCCCCGCGGUGCCGUCCCUAGCCGCGCCAAGUCCCCGGAGCACGGCAGGAACGUCAUCAGCCCUUUGUCCGGCAAGCCGGUGGUACCGUACGGUGCCAGGCAUUGUGUUGGCAACCGGGAACGGGAGCCCUUUGGGAACAGUGGCCCUUCCCGGCCGACAGAAGCAGAGCCCCGGGGGGCGGACAGCGAGAGCGGCGGGGAGGGCAACCCGCUCCUGCAGGAACGCCGGGAAAAGGACUCGCCCGGCGCCCUGAGACUAAAAGCUAUCGUCCUCUGA